UUUUUUUUUGUCUUGUUAUUAUUCGAAAGAAUGCUUCGUUCUACUCGAUUAUUGAAUCAAUCUACCACUUUAUGUGUGAGAGCUCUUUCAACCGCUGUCCAACCACCCAAGACCCCUGUCAAUCUUGGUCAUCUUUCUGAUAAUGUGGGGGCUGUUUCUGAGCGUACCCGUGUAGGUCGUGGUCCUGGCUAUGGUAAGGGCAAGACUGCUGGUCGUGGUCAUAAAGGUCAAAAGGCUCGUUCAGGCAAUGGACAACCUGUGCCUUGGUUUGAAGGUGGUCAAACCCCUCUUGUGAGACGUUUACCUAAGCGUGGUUUCUACAACAUUCAUGGAAAGGAUUAUCAAGAAUUGAAUUUAGAUCGUCUUGAGCACUGGAUCCAUACAGAUCGUCUUGAUGCUUCUCAACCUAUUACCAUGAAGCAUUUGUUGGACAGUCGUUGCAUACACAAGAUUGAAGAUGGUGUCAAAUUACUGAGUGUUGGUGCUGAAACAUUCUCUACACCCAUCACUAUUGAAGUCUCAAGAGCAUCACAAAAGGCCAUUGAAGCCAUUGAAAAAGCAGGUGGAAAGAUUGUUACUCGUUACUAUAAUGCUCUUGGUUUAAGAUCACUUGUACACCCUGAAAAGUUUGCACAGAUGCCCAAGUUGGCUGCACCAUUACGAAAAGAAGAUAUCAAGUAUUAUUCUGAUGCCAACAACAGAGGUUAUUUAGCACAAUAAAUCAAUGUACAUACUUUAUAUAUAUAUAUUUUUUUUGUUGGAGAUACAAGACAAAAACAAAACAAAACAAAAAGAUGAUAGAUGUAGAUCUACAUCAUUUUCUUAAAAAAAAAAA